GUUGUGGCCUUCUUUCAUCACAUGCUGAUAGUUUGCUGAUCGCGACAGUGCGUCUGUAAGUGAAAAGAAACUUUUCACACGUCGAGGAAAUUUAAGGUGUUCUAGUGACAUUUGUUUAAGUCAAGAAGAUAUGUCUACUGAAGCAUCCUUCCCGAUGAACUUUACAUUUGCCUCAUCAUCUGAGUAUUUCGAUGAUGCUAAUGACACGUCAAGAGUAUGGUCAUGGCAUCCUUUAGUUUGGCAUUGGUGGUUGAUUCUGCAGCUGAUGUCCGCAGUGACUGGUAUGGCUGGAAACCUCUUGGUCAUUCUCGUAUUGUAUAAGUGUCGUGCAGCAAGUCGCUCUACCGACAUCCUUGUUGGAAGCAUGGCCACUGCUGAUCUUCUGGCAUCCUUUCUGAUGAUUCCCCUCCCAGUUCAUCGGACUGUUCCAGUCUCAACGCUAGGUUACGUCUACUGCUGUUUCGGUGGAAGCAACGUAUUGAUGUGGAUCUGUCUUGGAGCAUCGACUUAUAGCCUCGUAGCCAUCUCCUGUGAUCGUUACUUUGCCCUCGUACAUCCGUUGCAGUUCAAGCGUCAUGUCACCAAAGGUCGUGUCUCUUCGAUCGUCAUAUUGAUGUGGUUCAUUGUAAGCCUUCUCUUUGGAAUUCCCGUUUUCACAUCCUAUGGGGUAGACAGCAGCAGGAAUGCUUGUUCAUUCUUGUUCAAUACAGAUAGAGCUAAGGCGGCCUAUGGAUGUUUCAUUUUCCUAUUUCGUUUCAUCAUCCCAACCUUGAUACUCACAGUCACCCAAUCUUCGAUCGCUGUCGUCCUCCACAGGGAGUCCAAAACAUUCAGGAAAGCCGUUAAAGGAACCCAACGUUCCGUACAUCUAGCAGCUCGUGAUCACGUCAUUAAGCUCAUGCUAAUUGUUAUCAUCGCAUUCAUCAUCUGCUGGUUACCAAGUCAAAUAUUCUUCUUCGGUGUCAACAUUGGUUUCAUCUCCAUCAAGUAUUUUUUCACUCCAACUCAAUAUGUCUGCAGAAUAAUGGCGCUCUGUAAUUCUUGUCUGAACCCUAUCAUUUACAUCGUUAGGCAUCCUAACUUUCGCGUGGCACUUGGAGAACUUUUUAGACGCGCUGACACUACGAAAGCCAUCGGUCCUAUUUUUGAGCAAAACGGGGUUAACCUUCAAAAUAAUGUUACCAUUUCUUCUAUCAUUUAAAUGUGCAUUUUUGUAAAAACACCGUGUGACAUGUUGUCCUUUUCAUAUUACACUUUGAAAUUUAUAUUAAAGCAGUUCCAUAAAGGUGAUAUGUAUAAUUGUAAAAUGAAAUAUUAAAGGGUCUAUACACCCAUAGCGAAAAUAUAUUACCGCAUCAAGUCAUCAAUUUUAGCCCGUCUUC